CCCACACCGACAACAUACGGCUUCAAUCCUCUCCGUAGCUUAUUAGCUGCACAAUCCCACAGCCAUGGUUUCCGCAAGGAAUCAAUCAAAACAUGUGUGUGUGAUCGGCUCCGGGCCGUCGGGGCUUGUGGCGGCGAGGGAGUUGAGAAAAGAAGGCCACAGUGUGGUGGUUUUGGAACAAAACCAUGAUGUUGGAGGGCAAUGGCUGUACGACCCAUUUGUGGAGGGUGAGGAUCCUCUAGGAAGGGAGACUUUUGGAAAGGUCCACAGCAGCAUUUAUGCAUCUUUGAGGCUGAUAUCUCCAAGGGAGAUCAUGGGGUUCACGGAUUUUCCAUUUCUGGUCAAGAAAGACAGGGAUAUGAGAAGGUUCCCUGGCCACAGGGAACUUUUUCUGUAUCUAAAAGACUUUUGUGAGUGGUUUGGGUUGAGGGAGAUGAUAAGGUUCAACACUAGGGUGGAGUAUGUGGGGAUGGUGGAUUCUGGCGCCAUUGGUAAUGAUUUGAAAUGGGUUGUUAGGAGUAGAGAAAAGGAGGCUGAGAAUGUGGCGCAAGAGGUGUUUGAUGCAGUGGUUGUCGCCACUGGCCAUUACUCUCAGCCUAAGUUGCCUUCCAUUAAAGGAAUGGAUGCGUGGAAAAGGAAGCAAAUGCAUAGUCACAUCUACAGAGAUCCACAGCCAUUUCGCGAUGAGGUUGUGGUGGUGAUCGGAAAUUCGUUCAGCGGACAAGAUAUAUCAAUGGAGCUUGUGGAAGUGGCAAAGGAAGUCCACCUCAGCUCCAAAUCUCUUAACAUUACAGAAGGUCUAUCAAAAGUCAUCUCAAAACAUGAGAACUUGCAUCUUCGUCCUCAGAUAAAAUCUCUUCAUGAAGAUGGACGGGUUCUAUUCGUUGACGGGUCUUGGGUCAUUGCUGAUUCUAUCUUAUUCUGCACAGGGUAUUCAUAUAAGUUCCCAUUUCUUGACACCAAAGGGAAAGUUGGUGUGGAUGAUGAAAGAGUGGGUCCUUUGUAUGAGCACACAUUCCCUCCUUCUCUUGCUCCCUCCCUCUCUUUUGUAGGUAUUCCCAAAAAGAUUAUAGGGUUCCCUUUCUUUGAGUCACAAGCAAAAUGGAUAGCUCAGCUGCUCUCCGGCAAAAGAGCAUUGCCAUCAUGGGAUGACAUGAUGCAGUCCAUUAAGGAGUUUUACCUCUCUCGGGAUGUUGCUGGCAUUCCAAAGCAAAAUACACAUGAUAUCGCCGAAUUUGAGUAUUGUGAUAGAUACGGAGAUCAUGUUGGAUUCCCACACUUGGAAGAAUGGAAGAAACAGCUGUGUAUCUCAGCUUUAGUAAAUGCUGAGGCCAACUUAGAGACGUAUCGUGAUUCAUGGCCGGAUGAUGAUCACGAGCUGCUUCAAGAGGCUCUUCAAAGUCCUCAUUUCACUCAACUUUCAACUGAAGCUUUGACUCUGUCAUGAAAGCCGGCCUAUUGGUUUUCUUGGACCACCAUAUAUAAUUCAAGUACAAGUAUUUGUCAUAUAUAUAUAUAUAUAUAUAUAUAUAUAAGUGUGUGUUGGGGGACUAGGAGGAAUUAAUAUAUAUUAUAGCUUACUGAUCAAGUUCUAAAAGAAAAGGAGAGCAUGAAACUUCCUUUUCUCUUGUU